AUGGCCCCGCGUGGCGCGGUGCCGGUCCUGUCCCUGGCGUUGGUCCUGGACGCGAUGGCCUGGGAACAGGGGCCUCCAGGCGUGAUCUCGCCCUGGCGGGGUUGCGCCGAACUGGGUCGCUGCUGCCCAGACCGUGACCCAAUGUGCUUCGCCCGCGGGCCACCGCGCUGCUUCUGUGAUGAGGCGUGCGGCGCGGCGCGGGACUGCUGCGCAGACUACACGCGGGUCUGCCCCGCAGACUACACGCGGGUCUGCCCAGCGGUCUCUUGCGUUGUGGCCGAGUGGAGUGGCUGGAGUCGCUGUGUCAAGCCCUGCCAGGUCUCCUACCGUGUUCGCCAGAGGCACGUCCUACAGGAACCGAGGAAUGGGGGUAUCCCCUGUCCCCCUCUGGAAGAGCGGGCUGGCUGUGUAGAGUACUGGAGCUGCCAGGGAGUGGAGUGCCAGCAGUCCUUGCUCCCUGCUCUGAUAACCACAGGCAGCUAUGGGAAAGAGCGGGAAAAGUGAGGUAUUCCCAAGAAGCAGGCCGCAGUAGGGUACUGUAUCCAGUUCCGGUUGGGGUUCAUUCCAGGGAGCUGUGGACAGGUGAAGGCUCGCCAUGCCCAGUGGACAAGGUAUCUGAGCCAGGGCCACAUGGUCUGCGUGAAGUGUGAAUGGCCUGCCCAGGAUGCCAGGAGCCAGCGCUGUUACGGGGAUGGUGGAGGGGCCCGAGGGAACAAGCUGUUGCUGUGGCAAGCAGCCGGCCACCCCCGGUGCCAAGGGACCUGGGAGAGGCUGGGGCCACUCCGGGAUUGCUCCUGCCCCACCGUCCACAGCUUCGUCUUCAUCUAG